UGUCCAAUGACACAGAGGAUUAAAAAGGAGACGUACGUUCACACGCCUCUCCGCCGUCCGCUGUUUUGUUUUGGCAGCAUCUACCAGAACACUACAACUAGCUUGUAGCGCGACACUCGAGAGUCGGCCAUGUCCCUCUUUUAAAUUGUCAAUCAGCGACAGAGGCAUUAACAAGUGGACCAACAGCAUAAAGGAAGGAUGGCUCAGUGGGACAGACUGGGGCAGCUCCCUGCUGCGUUCAAACAGCAGCUCCUGGAGCUCUACGACAGGGACUCCUUACCCAUGGAUGUUCGUCACUACCUGGCUGUGUGGAUAGAGAACCAGGAGUGGCUGCGAGCAGCACGGGACCAUGACCUGGCCGUGGUGCUGUUGCAGGUGCUGCUGGAGAAUCUGGAUAUCCAACACGGCCGGUUUGUCCAGGAGGAGUCAUUCUUACUGCAGCACAACAUCAGACGCUACAAACAGAACUUUCAGAGGUACCUGGAUGAACCGUGUGACUUGGCAAGGACAAUCCUCUGGUUUUUGGAAAAAGAGAAUGAAAUCCUGAUGAGUGCUGAUCUGACUGAACAGGUCCAGUUUUUGCAAGUGGAGCCGGAAAUCAUGGAAACGAGCAGCAAGCAAGACCUUGAACGUAAAAUGGCGGGCCUUAGGAAUGAAAUGCAGUGCAUGGAACAUACAAUGAUAUGUCUAGAGGAGCAGCAAGAUGAGUUUGAUUUUAAAUACCAAACCCACAAGAUGGAAGCUGUGGGAGAUGAGGCCGUGAAGAAUGAUCAAAUCAAAGUCCUUCAGGGACUUGUCAAUAGAUUGGACGAGUGUAGAAAGAGCACGCUGUCGGACCUAAAUAAGCUCCUUGACAGGACUGAAGACCUGGUUGACAUAUUGGUGAAAAAGGAGCUGGUGGAGUGGCAGAGGCGGCAGCAGAAAACCUGCAUUGGUGCUCCAGACGAUGUUUGCCUGGAUCAGCUAGAGAAAUGGUUCACCUGUGUGGCAGUGUGUUUGUUCCAGGUGCGGGAGUUUCUCAGUAAGCUCGAGGAGCUGGUCGGAAAAGUGUCCUAUGAAAAUGACCCCGUGAAGGCUCAGAAACCCGCACUGCAGAGGAGAGCAGAUACUGUACUGAAAGACCUACUCAAAAGUUCCUUUGUGGUUGAGACUCAGCCAUCCAUGCCUCAGGGUAAAGGACCUCUGGUUCUCCGCACUAAUGUCCAGUUCUCUGUCAAGACCAGACUCCUCGUGAAGUUUCCUGAGCUGAACCACUCAAUGAAAGUUGUUGUAUCCAUGGAGAGGGAGACUCCACAUAUCAAAGGAUAUCGGCGUUUUAACGUCCUAGGGACCAUAACCAAGGCCUUGAACAUGGUAGAGAGUCAGAGUGGAGGCAUGGUGGCGGACUUCAGACAUCUGAAUCUGAAGGAGCAGAAGUCUGGAGGAAGCGGCAAGGGAGUCAGUGAUAUUCCUCUCUCUGUCACAGAGGAGCUGCAUGUCAUCUGCUUUGACACUGUAUUUGAGCUGAAAGGCUUGUCAGUUGGGCUGCAGGCCUCCUCUCUGCCUGUUGUAAUCAUCUCUAACUCCAGCCAGCAGCAGAGUGCCUGGGCGUCCAUCCUCUGGUUCAACAUGCUCAGUCAGGACACCAAGGACCUCAUGUUCUUUGCAAACUCUCCUGCAGCCACAUGGCCGCAGUUUGGAGAGAUGUUGAGCUGGCAGUUUCUCUCUGCCACCAAACGUGGUCUGAAUGACGCUCAGCUGGAAAUGAUUGCUCACAGACUCUUUGGAAAUCAGAUGAACUAUGACACCUGCACAGUGGCUUGGUCAAAAUUCAGUAAGGAGAACACCCCCGACACUUUCUGGGUGUGGUUUGACGGCAUCUUGGUGAUGGUGAAAACAUUCCUGGAAGACCUGUGGAGGGAGGGACUCAUCAUGGGUUUUGUGAGCAAAGGCAAAGAGAAGUCUCUCCUGAAGAAAAAACAGAGUGGCACGUUCUUGUUGCGCUUCAGUGAAAGUGUCAUUGGAGGAAUCACUUUCUCCUGGGUGGAAACCACUGGAGCUGGCCAACUUAACGUAAAGACAGUCCAGCCUUUCACCAAAGACGACCUCAUCCAGAUCCCCUUCCAUGAAAUCAUCAGGAAUUUCCAGAUCUUUGAGCCUGGAAAUAUCCCAGAAAAUCCUCUGCUUUAUCUGUAUCCCAACAUCCCCAAAGACAAGGCAUUCGGAAAAUACUACUCUGAGAAAAGUGGAGAUGAUAGUCCUUACAUCAGGUACAUCAAAACCAAACUGAUGUUCGUUUCAAAGGAGAAAACACUGGAGCAUAGGCCACCCAUGUCCUCUGAUGUGGCACAGGGUGAAGGUCUGGAGCCAAUGAAUGGCCUGUGUGGAGAGUCAGCCGAACAAAACGGCAAUCUUCAUCUUCUGGAUUCCCAAAUGGAACCCUAUCACCUUGAUCCCAUGCUGUCUGACUCAGUCCCACAUGAGGAUUUGCUGCUGUGUCUCAAUAAUCCCAACCUCUUGGAUGACUCAUCUCAGAUAAACAUCUUGUUUAAUGUUGGGCCUGAGUUCAGUUUUCCUGACUUGGAUUGCCUGCCCCCAUAAUCCCGUGGAAUCUCUUUUUCCACCAAGCAUCUGUUAAGUAUAUUUAACCAAACCACUGCAUCACUCAUCGUCAGCUUUACGCUCAGCUAUACCUUCAUCACAACACCCAUGUCACAGAACUGAAACGUGCAUAGCAAAUCCACGAGACACGUUUGCUUUUAAACGCUGUUUAAGUUUGAAAUAAUUGACAGCCCGUUUGAUAAUCCUGACAGUCAAUAUUUACCAUUAGCUUUUUAAAGUGUAACCUUUAGAAUUCCUUAUGAUCAUGUUCAUUAUUGUUAAAACAUAUUUUGUGAAUCUUUGAAGACACAAAAGAAAUAAUUGAUUGAACUGGAGUCAUAGCCAGUCGAUUAGAGUCUCUGGCACCUGCACUAGACCCCUAUCUUUCAUAACUCAAUUACUCUGUGUAUGGAAAAUGUUGCAUUCAGGGCCUCUCUUAUUUUAAGGCCAGACAGCUAAGGAAUGCUAAAAAACUGAACAUGAAAUGAAAAGAUUUAUGAGGUAUCGUUAAGACUGCACAUAAUUUAUUUGUCACAAGUUCCUUUGUGGUAGUUCUAAGGUUGCCAAAUGUGAAAAGUGAUAAAACUACUCAAACAUGGCAUUUCCUCCUUUUCAGUUAAAUGCUUUUAUAUAUAUUAACCUGCUCAUUUAAAACAAAAUUAAAUGUAUGCAAUAAAUAUGAAAGACUGA